AUGUUUGUCGCGGGCUUCUGGGUCCGAAACUACUGGAUGUUCCUCAGCGCAAACUUUGUCAACGGCCUCUUCUCAGGCAUUCGAGGGGACAUCCACGACCCUCUCGAGUUCCGGAGCACAGUGAUGCCUACCAUGAUGAACUUCUUCCUGUUUGGCGCCAUGGGCGGAUCGCUCAUCGGCACGGUCUGGGUCGCCAUAGCGAACUCUAGCCCGGUUACCAAGAACACCACCCUGGCUCUCUUUGGCCCCGCCUGGCUGGGCGUGCUCCUGUCCACCGGCUCCGCCAUCAUGGUCCAGCGCCUGUGCCCCGAGCCGCCUCGGAAGGAGGAGGCCAAGGGCGACGAUGACGACAACAAGAAAGCGCCCGACAUGACCAGGACGCAGCGACUGGUGAUCACCAUCAUCCUUGUGGCCGGCUCCCUCGACGCGUUCGGCGACUACGGGAACAAGUUUGCUCGCAACACCAUCCUCACCAACCGAUACCCGCUGGCGCGCGAGGCGGUCGUAAACUACGUGCUGAUGGGGUCCAACAUCUUCUCGAUCUAUGUCGGCAAGGUGAUCCUGACGCGCACGAUAAGCAGGCACGACGCGUUGGGUACUGGCUGCAAGCGCGCGACCUGCGCCUCGAUCGGGUUCAUGGAGGCAACCGGGCUGUGGUGCAUCGUCGGCAACCUUGUCAAGGUUGGCGUCCAGUUGGGGCUAUUGACCAUCGUCGAUUUCGACGAGUCGCUGACUGCGAUGGGCUGGUACGUCUUUAUCUGGAUCUUAUCACAGGUCUUUGGCAUCUGCUCGACGCUCGCGUCCAUGUUCCUCUACCCUGGCUUCCUGCCGACGCACCGACUUGGCGAGCUCAACGGCCUGAAGAACUCACUCCUGAGCACAGUCAACUGCAUCACGCCCAUCUUGCUCUCCAGCGUCUACCAGACGGGCUCGCUCCAGACGGGGCUCGAUGACGCCGACCGCCGGUCCGCCGUCGACCACGCCAGCGUCCUCUGCCUCGCGAUCUGCGGCACCGUCUCGUUUCUCGCAUUCCUCGGCUACUUGCCCCUCCGGCAGAUCCUGCCCAAAACACCCAAGCCCCCCGCCGCUGAGUCGCCUGCCGUAGCCGCCACCAAGGGGGUCGUUCCAGAGGAGGAGGCAGUGCCGCCGUCGGCGCCGCCGCUCUCGUACUACGACACGAUCACGUGGCAGGAGUGGUCGUCGCUGCCGAUGCGUCGCCGGUUCGAGGUGCAGCGCGCGCGUGCGCGGGCGGGGAUGGAGCGGGUGCGGCUGCAUUGGGGCACGUGGCACGACGACUGCACUGCCGCCAACGACAUCCUCAGCAAGGCCCCGAAGGAGCUGGGAGAACUGCGCGAGCUGUACACAGAGUGGGUGACGAGCGACGAGAAGCUCGAGGAGAUCGCCGGCCUCAUGGCGACGCGGAGGGAGCUCGAGGCCAAGCGGGAUAAGACGGAUCGGACCGCGCAGCGGCAAAAGGAGCGUGCGGCCAUGGGGCAGUGGAUUGCAGACUACCUUGACGACGCUGGCUACGACUGGGAGGUGGUGCCGGAGCUGUACAAGGCGAUGAUCAUGAACUCCUUCCCGCCCCUCGACACGCUCGACGAGAAGCAGGCGUGCCUGUCCGACAUCGCCGAGCUGCGCACGUUCAUGGUCGCCUUCCUCAAGAUUUGCGCCGCAUGA